UUCCACCUUAAACAACAAUAUUGUUAGAUAUUCAAACUUUUCUUUUCACUCAUCAUCACUCUCAUCUUCCAAAAUUCUUAUUAAUAUUUCUACAAGAAAUUAUCACAAUUAUAAUAUAUUAUACAAGUACUUGCUAAGCUAUAUGGAGGCUGUUCAAAGUUUCAACUCAAUGGAAUGCUUUCAAUUCAGAAUGAGCGUAAUAUUGUGGGAAAAGCAGCAGAAAAAGGAGAAGAAAAAGAAGGUUGAAGAUGGCGGCAAAAAUGGAGGAGAGAUAAUAGAAGAUGAUGAUGUUCUAAUUCCUCCUGCCAAUUUUUCAAUGGUGGAAGAUGGGCUUUACAGAUCUGGGUUUCCAGAACCUUCAAAUUUCGGCUUCCUCGAAACCCUAAGUCUCAAGUCUAUCAUAUAUUUGUGUACCGAGCCAUACCCAGAAGAGCAUUUGAAGUUUCUUGAAUCACAUAAUAUUCGAUUGUAUCAAUUUGGAAUUGAGGGAACUAAGGAGACUAUCCCUGAGGAUGUCAUCUAUGAGGCUCUUAGGAUUUUGAUAGAUGUAAGAAAUUAUCCAAUUCUGAUUCAUUGCAAACGUGGAAAGCAUCGCACUGGUUGCCUCGUUGGCUGUCUUAGGAAAUUGCAGAACUGGUGUUUGUCCUCAGUGUUUGAGGAAUACCAACGCUUUGCAGGUGCCAAAGCCAGGACAAAUGACAUGAGGUUUAUGGAGAAAUAUGAUGUUUUGCGCAUUAGACAGUCCCUUUACAGCCUCAUCUACCAAUAUCAUGGCUAUGGCUCUAAUAAAAGGCGUUUGCUGGACCGAGAAGACAACAUGCCGACAGCCCGGAUCAACGUUAGCUAAGCCAGAGUGCAGGUUUCUGGCAAAACUUUUGCUUGCCAAAACUUUCAGCUUGCUGCCUUUUUUCUCUUAUUCUUUUAUACUCUAAAUGGGAAAGUUUUGUUUUAGUCAUCCUUUGGCCUACAUUGUUCUUUAGUUACUUUGGAACAAGCGUGGAAAUAUUAAUUUUUUUUUUUUUCAUCUUUUCCGUUAAUUAUUUUGGAACCAAUCCUCAUACGAAUCUAGGGAAAGAGAGAAAGAAUGUCAUUUUACAUUUUUAAAAAGAAAUUUGAUGUAUAUCGAUUUAUCAAGGAAAGAAAAGAAAAUUUUCCCAUCUA